CUCAGAAGCAGGGGGAGUUCACCUUUCCAGGCAUUUCCACGAUGUGGCUGUUUUUAACAACAACUUGUUUGAUUUGUGGAACUUUAAAUGCUGGUGGAUUUUUUGACUUGGAAAAUGAAGUCAAUCCUGAAGUAUGGAUGAAUACUAGUGAAAUCAUCACAUAUAAUGGCUAUCCCAGUGAAGAGUAUGAAGUCAUCACCAAAGAUGGAUACAUACUCUGCAUCAACAGAAUUCCCUAUGGAAGAAGUCAGAAUGGGAGCACAGGUGCCCGGCCAGUUGUGUACAUGCAGCAUGCCCUAUUCGCAGACAAUGCAUAUUGGCUUGAGAAUUAUGCCAACGGCAGCCUUGGAUUCCUUCUAGCAGAUGCAGGCUAUGAUGUAUGGAUGGGAAACAGUCGGGGGAACACUUGGUCAAGAAAACACAAGACACUCUCAGUGAAUGAAGAGGCGUUCUGGGCCUUUAGUUUUGAUGAAAUGGCCAAAUAUGAUCUCCCAGGAAUAGUAGACUUCAUUGUAAAUAAAACUGGUCAAGAGAAGAUGCAUUUCAUUGGACAUUCACUUGGCACUACAAUAGGAUUUGUAGCCUUUUCCACCAUGCCUGAACUGGCACAAAGAAUCAAAAUGAAUUUUGCCUUGGGUCCUGUGAUCUCAUUCAAAUAUCCCACAAGCGUUUUUACCAGUUUUUUUCUACUUCCAAAUUCCAUAAUCAAGGCUCUUUUUGGUACCAAAGGUUUCUUCUUAGAAUAUAAAAAUGGGAAAAUACCUUCUACCAAAAUCUGCAACAAUAAAAUACUAUGGAUGUUAUGUAGUGAAUUUAUGUCCUUAUGGGCUGGAGCCAAUACGAAAAAUAUGAAUAUGAGUCGAAUGGAUGUGUAUAUGUCACAUGCUCCCACUGGGUCAUCAAUACAGAACAUCUUGCAUAUAAAACAGCUUUACAGAUCUGAUGAAUUCAGAGCUUAUGACUGGGGAAGUGAAGCUGAGAAUAUGCAUCACUACAAUCAGAGUCGCCCCCCACUAUAUGACUUGACUACCAUGAAUGUGCCUACUGCUAUUUGGGCUGGUGGGCACGACAUCCUUAUCACACCCCGGGAUGUGACCAGGAUACUCCCCCAAAUCAGGAAUCUCCGUUACUUCAAACUUUUCCCAGACUGGAACCACUUUGAUUUCGUCUGGGGUCUCGAUGCUCCUCAGCGGAUGUACAGUAAAAUCAUAGCUUUGAUGAAGGAGUAUGACUAA